AUGAGUUAUCAAGCUUUUGAAGAUGUGUUAGCUUUAUUAAUCUACGGGUUAGUACUAUUCCCUAAUCCUGACCAGUUCGUUGAUAUGCAUGCUAUCACAAUAUUUCUAGCUCGCAACCCGGUACCUACCUUACUCGGAGACAUUUUACAUUCGCUUUACACUCGUACCAACAAGAAACGAGGAACUCUCAUGUGCUGCAUACCUUUACUUUCCAGGUGGUUUAUUUCGCACCUUCCCCGAUCGGUAUUGAGGAAUGAACAAAGGAUGCAAUGGUCACAAAGGAUGAUGUCACUCUCUCAUUCGGAUAUUCAUUGGUGCACUCGAUCUGACAAGGAUUUCACUAUUAUCGAUCGCUGUGGGGAAUUCCCUAACGUGCCACUCCUUGGCAUUAGGGGAGGUAUCACUUACAAUCCUUCAUUAGCUUUGCGUCAGUUUGGUUAUGCUCGAAGAAAUGGUCCUCAUGACAUGAUCAUCAAGGGUUAUGCGUUUGAUUAUGAAGACGAUCCUCAGAAUUACCGACGAAGUUUCAUACGUGCGUGGGACAAAGUAUAUAAGUAUGAUAGCAAGGAGUUGGGCCAGAAAAACUCUAUUCCUCUUGAACCUUACCUCAAAUGGGUGCGCACUCGUGCUCAAAAGUUUAUUAUGCCAUACCCUGCUGUCAGAACUGUGAUUAUUGAGCCUGAAUUUGAGGGAGAUGUCCCUCAGGUUAUUCUUCAUCCAGACAUGCCUACCGAUCUUGAGGAGCUGAAGAGAUCUUGGAUCCAGUUGAAGGAAGAAAGGGACACCUUUGAAGCUCAAUUUUGCGCCAAAGAGAGGAAAGUAUUAGAGCUCACAAAGCAACUUCAGGACGAGCAAAGCAUCAACACGUUCCUUGGUGCAAAGCGAAAGCGUCCAUGGGAGACUUGA